GCUGGGCGGCGGCGGCGGCAGCGGCGGAGGCUCAGGAGGCUCCGGAGGGUCCGGCCUGCAGGAACCUUGGUGGGAAAUCCGGCUUCGGCGCGCGGCCACUAUGUCCGCGCCGUCGGAGGAAGAAGAGUACGCACGGCUGGUGAUGGACGCGCAGCCGGAGUGGCUGCGCGCUGAAGUGAAGCGGUUGUCCCACGAGCUGGCCGAGACCACGCGCGAGAAGAUCCAGGCGGCCGAGUACGGGCUGGCGGUGCUGGAGGAGAAGCACCAGCUCAAGCUGCAGUUCGAGGAGCUCGAGGUGGAUUAUGAGGCCAUCCGCAGCGAGAUGGAGCAGCUCAAAGAGGCAUUUGGACAGGCCCACACAAACCACAAGAAGGUGGCUGCAGAUGGGGAGAGCCGAGAGGAGAGCCUGAUCCAAGAGUCAGCCUCCAAGGAGCAGUACUAUGUGCGAAAGGUGCUAGAGCUGCAGACAGAGCUGAAACAGCUGCGCAAUGUCCUUACCAACACACAGUCUGAGAAUGAGCGCCUUACAUCUGUGGCUCAGGAGCUGAAGGAGAUUAACCAGAAUGUGGAGAUCCAGCGUGGCCGCCUUCGGGAUGACAUCAAGGAGUACAAGUUCCGGGAGGCCCGCCUACUACAGGACUACUCUGAGCUAGAAGAGGAGAACAUCAGCCUGCAGAAGCAAGUGUCUGUGCUCAGACAAAACCAGGUUGAGUUUGAGGGUCUCAAGCAUGAGAUCAAGCGUCUGGAGGAGGAGACUGAAUACCUCAACAGCCAGCUGGAAGAUGCCAUCCGGCUCAAGGAGAUUUCUGAGCGGCAGCUGGAGGAGGCACUAGAGACGCUGAAGACAGAGCGCGAGCAAAAGAACAGUCUGCGCAAGGAGCUGUCACACUACAUGAGCAUUAAUGAUUCCUUCUACACCAGCCACCUGCAGGUCUCCCUGGAUGGCCUCAAGUUCAGCGAUGAUGCCACUGCUGAGCCCAACAAUGAUGCUGAAGCCCUGGUUAAUGGCUUUGAGCAUGGUGGCAUGGUCAAACCACCGCUGGACAACAAGACAUCCACACCCAGGAAAGAUGGCCUGGUACCACCUUCCCCUAGUCUUGUCUCUGACCUGCUUAGUGAGCUCCAUAUCUCCGAGAUCCAAAAGCUGAAGCAGCAGCUGGUGCAGAUGGAGCGAGAGAAGGUAGGGCUGCUGACAACACUACAGGAUACCCAGAAGCAACUGGAGCAGGCACGGGGAACCCUGUCUGAGCAACAUGAGAAGGUGAGCCGCCUCACAGAGAACCUGAGUGCCCUGCGUCGCCUGCAGACCGGCAAGGAGCAGCAGACUGCCCUGGACAAUGAGAAGGACCAUGACAGCCAUGAAGACGGUGAUUACUAUGAGGUGGACAUCAAUGGACCUGAGAUCCUAGCCUGUAAGUACCAUGUGGCUGUGGCUGAAGCUGGAGAACUCCGGGAGCAGCUCAAGGAACUGCGUAGUACCCAUGAAGCUCGAGAAGCCCAGCAUGCUGAGGAGAAGGGCCGCUAUGAGGCUGAGGGCCAGGCCCUCACUGAGAAGGUCUCCCUGCUGGAGAAGGCGAGCCACCAGGACCGUGAGCUGCUGGCCAGGCUAGAGAAGGAGCUGAAGAAAGUGAGCGAUGUGGCUGGUGAGACCCAGGGCAGUCUGAGUGUGGCUCAGGAUGAGCUGGUAACCUUCAGUGAGGAGCUGGCCAACCUCUACCACCAUGUGUGCAUGUGCAACAAUGAGACACCCAACCGAGUCAUGCUGGACUACUAUCGAGAAGGCCAGGGCCAGAGUGGAGCCGGCCGCACCAGCCCUGGAGGCCGUACUAGCCCAGAGGGCCGGGGGCGUCGCUCACCUAUCCUCCUGCCCAAGGGGCUGCUGGCCACAGAAGCAGGCCGAGCAGAUAGUGGGACCGGGGACAGCAGCCCCUCACCCAGCUCUUCACUGCCAUCACCUCUGAGUGACCCCCGCCGGGAACCCAUGAACAUCUACAACCUGAUUGCUAUCAUCCGUGACCAGAUCAAGCAUCUGCAGGCAGCUGUGGACCGCACAACAGAGCUGUCUCGCCAACGCAUUGCCUCCCAGGAGCUGGGCCCUGCAGUGGACAAGGACAAGGAGGCACUCAUGGAAGAAAUCCUCAAGCUGAAGUCACUGCUCAGCACCAAACGGGAGCAGAUCACCACUCUGCGCACUGUGCUCAAGGCCAACAAGCAGACUGCUGAGGUGGCCCUCGCCAACCUGAAGAGCAAGUAUGAGAAUGAGAAGGCCAUGGUGACCGAGACCAUGAUGAAGCUGCGCAAUGAGCUCAAGGCCCUGAAGGAAGAUGCAGCUACCUUCUCCUCACUUCGAGCUAUGUUUGCCACCAGGUGUGAUGAGUAUAUCACGCAGCUGGAUGAGAUGCAGAGGCAACUGGCAGCGGCUGAGGAUGAAAAGAAGACACUUAACUCCCUUCUGCGCAUGGCCAUCCAACAGAAGCUGGCACUUACGCAGCGACUGGAGCUGCUUGAGCUGGACCAUGAGCAGACCCGACGGGGCCGCACAAAAGCAGCCUCGAAGGCCAAGCCAGCCACUCCGAGCGUAAGUCACACCUGUGCCUGUGCCAGUGACAGGGCUGAGGGCACCGGGCUGGCCAACCAGGUGUUCUGCAAUGAGAAGCACAGCAUUUACUGCGACUAGGGCUGUGGGGUUCCGCACGCUGCAGCUAACAUCUGCUUCACCUCAACUAACCCAGCAGCGGGACAGCGGUGCUAGGCCAGUCUUAACGUGACUAAUGCACAGAGGGCAAGAUUCUAGCCAAGUGGUGGUAUGGGGUACCAAGACACUUCCAUGAGCUUUGUGUCACUUCCUGCUCCAUUGCCUCCGGUGUCAGCUGCUGUCUUGGGGGCUUUGGCAAUGGGGUGACGCUUCAUAUCUUUGUGGAAGACAGAUGUGUGGAAGUGUCUUCCAGGAGCCCCAGGUAUGUCAGGAGAACCCAAGGGAGAAAGUCCUGCUCCACUCUCUGGAUAUCCCUAGAAGGGCAGAACUCGGAGCUCGUAUUUGCAUGUUCCUCGCAUGUGUCUGUGUCAGCACCUGAAAGCAGUUUCCUGAGGUUCUGACCUGCAUCCUAGGUCCAGCCUCAGAGGACAGCUCUGGUGGGCUGGCAUAGUUUUAGGAGAAAUGAUACAUUAUAGUCUGUGCAGCAUCUGCAAGUCACAUUCAGGAUUAAGUGCAGAACUUCUUCCCCAAACCCAGAGAAAAAUGGCCCUGGACUCUUGCAUUCUAUACAUGAGAACCACAUAUGUUGGAGACAGCUGACCAUAGCCUGGGAGAACAGAGCCUGGAGGCCACAGUUUCUCAUUUCCGAGAUCUGCAUGCUGUUCUGCUGGCCUGUGAGAUCACAAGGUGGCAAGGCUCAAGGGCCAGGGGUUUUUGUUUUGUUUUGUUUUUGUUUUUUAAAUGAGAAAAGUAUUCCUUCCAAGUGCCUGGCCUUGGUCCUUGGUGUGCAGCCCUUCCUUCUAUACCCAGCUGCCUAUCCAUGUUCAGGCCUUCUUUGUAGAGGGUUUCAGACCUGAAGAAGCAGAGUCUUGAGAGCUGCUAGCGGGCUUGGCUGAGUUACAGAUACACACAGAUGUAGCACAACACAGCCCUGUGCGAGGAGAGCUUUGCACAGGUCCAGGGCAGAUAGGAGGUUUAUGGUUUUCUAGUGCAAUUUGGGAGUGAGGACAGAAAGAGGCUAAGUAGCCAAAGUACUCUCCUGUUUCUGGAGGCUCCAUUAGUGCAGAGCUGUGGCAUCAGGCACCUGAGUUGCCGCACUGUGAAACAGAACUCAUUUCAGUAUUCCUUUCCCUGUCCCCAUAGGGCAUCCAGACCUGAGGCUUCCCCUUGCUCCCCUGAGGCUGCUUGCCAGUCUGUCCCAGUAGAAAGGGGAUUGACAUUGUUGCCUGAUGUGAGGCUCUGUUGACCCUCUCACAGCUGUCCGUCCCUACUUUCCCUAGAUGCCGAGAGUAUCUUGGUCUCCUCCAGACUAGGCACUGCACAGAUGCACAUUGGAGUGUAGAACAGGCCAUGUUUGUCCCCUGCAUGUCUGUCCUAAAGAUGGCUGUUCGCAUGCUCACAUACUUUCUGCCUUUUUCUCUCCUCACUGGGCCAGCAGCAGCUUCUCUUGUACUUACAGGGGCUUUGUGGGCACUUUGGAGCCACUGGCCUCCCUAACAUAUGCCCGUCGACUCUGCCAACUAACGAGCUCGCUCACUCCCAGCACAAGAGCUUUAGUUGUUAAGUGUCAGGUGACCAUUGUCUAAUGUUGUCUUAUUUUCUCCUGUUUUCAGCUGUAGAGUAGCUGCUGGGAGGACGUGACUGCCCAGCCCUGUCACACUGCAGCCCCUUCCCCCAACCCCCUCCCGUGGCCCAUGCAGAGGAAGGAAGGGCAGCCUAAAAAAUCACAUUUUAGAAACAUUUUGGAUAUGCCACUGCAAUUCUUUUCAAAAUAGCAUUCCACAACUUUUUGGUGGGUGGAAAAAAAAAAAAAAGCUUUAAUGUUGAGAAUGCCACGAGCUGCUGCUUGGAAAAGCCUCUGCACAGCCGAAGAACCUGCUUCCACAGCCGCUGUCAGGCUUGCUAGAGCCUGCCAGAACACCCACUGCAGGGGUCUCCUUAUUACACACGUUCCUUUUUUACCCAAUCAACCUGUGCACUUUUGAUAUUUUGAUAUUAUAUUUGCUUCCCUACUCCCUCGUAUAGAGACGGUCUCAGAUGCCAUGGUCUGUGCUCGUGGUCCGUUAGCUGUUUGUCUUAGCUCCCAGUCUGUUGAUCUGGCAUCAACGUGAGGCAGAGCUGUGCUCCAUACAUAGUGUGUAGCUCUAGAAUGGAGAUGGGGCUUCGACCCAGUGAGGGGCUCAGCUAAAUGUAUCCACACUGUGGUUCAGCAGCCUUUUAGUUUAUACGGCAUUAUGGUUCAUGUUUGAAAUUACAGAUCUUAAAUGCCAUGUUCAUUAAGAAAUCCAGGGUAUUCUGAUUCUGGGGUUUUUUUCAUAUUGUAUUAUUAUUAUUCUUAGGAAUAGUUCAAUGUAACAAGAAGAAAACUUGACCUUUGCUCUGGUUAAAACAGUAAUAGGCACUUGAAAAAAAAAAGAUAAAUUAUUGAAUGAGUAGUAUUACCUACAAAUUCCAGAAUUUUCUGGGUUUUAGGACAUUGUGAAGCAUGACUGAUUAACAGAAUUUUAUACAACUGUACCAGUGAAAUUCCAAAUUGGAAUUGUUUUGUUACUCUGGUUGUUGUGCCAAAUUGUGGUACACUUAGAAAAUUCUACAGUCGUCGAUUUUUAGGGUGUUAUAUUUCAACACCUUUUUGUUAGUAAUCAUUGCCAGUAGUGCCUUCAUCAGUUAAGGGAGGUGUCCCAGUGAAGUAAAUUCUCUGAAAUGGGCAGCAAAGAGCUAGGUGGGAAUGCUGAAGGCCAGUGUGAACCAGCAGGUGGGAGCAGGUGCCCACCUCACACUUGUCCCUGGGCAUCUCAUUGAGGGGAAAAAAAAAAAAAAAAAAACAGUAAUUGUGCAAAAUUCUGUUAGUCAGUGAUUCUUUACUUGCAAAUUCAGGGGCUUCGCAAACAAAAAGAAACACAAAACUGAGUGUGCUUUGGGAACCAAAUGGACUUUAUGGGACAAACUAAGCAAGCUGUAUGAACACGUUUGUGAAGAGCAGAGGGCGGCAGGAGAGUCGGCAAGGUUGGUCGGCACUCGAUUAGGGGAUGAGGGUUAGCCAUAGUAUUCUUUGCAAAUGUGAAAAGGAGGACAUUUUAUCUUCUCUUGCUUGGUGUAACUAAUCACUGUUAAUUUCAGGAAACAGAACUCAUUAAAGCUCCUUAGCAAACUGCUUGCUAAGUGAGGUUUCACUGGUGUGGUCAGAUUGGUACUAGUGGAGGAGAAAAACAGGCCUCCGUCCUCCAAAAAAAAAAGGACAAAUUUUAAUAAUAUAAAUUGCAAGGCUCAAAGAAUUCUGUUUCCUGGAACGAGCAUUUCUUAUUCCUAGUUGUUGGGACUCCUAUUUUUACCUUCUGUUACAGUGUUGACUCAUAAGAAAUAUUGUUACAUUUAAGAUAACCAUCUGUAUGGGGUAUUUAUUUGCAAUGAUGUCUAAGUACUGUAUUUUUUUUCUGUGCAUUACCUUAGUGUCAUAAUGUUGGUCUUUAUUUUAAAGUCAUAUGCAUGUUUUCCUGCCAAGGAAUCUUUACACAGACCCAAACAAACAAAUAAUAAUAAGCAAAUGCCUUCAGUUUCUGAGAAAAUGAGGCAAAGUAUGGGAAAGGAAUACGAGGGAAAAAUUACCCAAGACUCUUGGAACAUAGGCAUGAAUGUCUACAAAGCCAGCGUUCAUAGGAACAGUGGGCCUGGGUAAAGAGUCAUGUUGGUAGGACCAAUAAAUAAAGAAUAAUAAAAAGAUGAAGCACA